AUGGCCUCAAGCAUCAGGAAAAAUGGCAACUGUGACAAUUUUGAUUUGGCUGUUAACGCUGAUUUACCAAAUGAAGCUCGAAAAUUAGGAUUUGAAGAGAAUGCAGUGCCAAGUAUGUUAGCAUUCUCCUCAUUUCUGGAAGCUAUUUGCAAAAGUGGUGAGGACUCGCGAAUUUUUAUUGACGGGGGUGGAAAUGUAUCUUCCGACUUUUCGGACCAAUCAACCCUGGAACCUAGUGUUCGGCUGGUUGUGCUCGAUCCCGGUCGCUAUCUACAUGGUAGGCUUUUAUAUAUUUUCUCUGCUGAAAGAUAUGAUUGA